GCCUUUGGUGACAAUGCCCGAAGGGCUCAGGGACUCAGGUUCCACAAGACGUAUCCCGGAGCAGUUACACGAAAGGCUUGACAUACCUAUGUGGUACCGGAGGGAUAGGAAGGGAAGUGAUGUACAAGAUACUGGGAGGGAAGCAAGGAGGAAUAUUACCGAAGAAUUUGGGAGAACAGGGCAGUCGGGACAUCAUUCUUGUGUAGUCGAUUGCUGGGUUGUAGCAAGUCAUGCCGAGGUUGUCAUGGCGUUUAUUUGCCAUGGCGCCAAUUGCGCUGUCAAUUGACUGUUGCAAUCAAUCAC